AUGACUGGCAACUGUGGGCUAAGAGCUCCGGCAAGCAGUGUUCUCAUUGCUUUGCUAGUUGGCUGGUUUUUGAGCCAUGACACAGCUUGCAUGGCCGUGGCCAGGAGGAUGCUGCUGCAAGAUGGUGGCAGCUCCCCCAUAUUCGAUGUGUUACACUAUGGUGCUAAAGGUGAUGGAGCUACAGAUGACACAAAGGCAUUUGAAGCUGCCUGGGCAGAGGCGUGUAAAGUGAAGGCACCAACAGUGGUGGUGCCAUCAGGGUCCGUGUUCUUACUCAAACCCAUCUCUUUCUCAGGCACCGACUGUGAAUCGAACAUCGUAUUUCAGUUGGAUGGUAAGAUUCUUGCUCCUACGAGCUCUGGCGCUUGGGGAUCUGGUCUCCUCCAGUGGCUGGAAUUCACAAAGCUCAAGGGCAUUACAAUUAGAGGGAAAGGCGUUAUUGAUGGACAAGGUUCCGUCUGGUGGAACAAAACACCUGCAGACAAUCCAACAGAUGAGACCGAAUUAGGUCCAUAUUCUACAAAAGAAUCGAAUUACAGCAGCUCACAGGAUUUGACAAGUACUGAAACCACUGGAAAGAUGCCAAGCACCAAGCCAACAGCACUCAGGUUCUACGGGAGUUCUGAUGUUACGGUUACUGGGAUAACAAUUCAAAAUAGCCCUCAAACUCACCUCAAGUUUGACAGUUGCACGGCAGUUCAGGUUUUUGAUUUGAGUGUUUCAUCCCCCAGUGACAGUCCAAAUACAGAUGGAAUCCACCUGCAGAACUCCCACGAUGUUGUGAUCUACAACACUAAUCUUGCUUGUGGAGAUGACUGUGUCUCAAUCCAGACUGGAUGCUCGGGUGUAUACAUACACGAUCUGAGCUGCGGACCAGGACAUGGAAUCAGCAUUGGGGGGCUAGGAAAAGAGGACACCACAGCUUGUGUCUCAAACAUUACUGUCAGAGACACCACAAUUAAGAACACAUUAACUGGUGUAAGGAUAAAGACAUGGCAGGGUGGCUCAGGCUCAGUGCAAGGAAUAAUGUUCUCCAAUAUUCAAGUUUCUGAAGUACAAAUUCCUAUCGUGAUAGAUCAGUUUUACUGUGACGGGCACAAGUGCAAUAAUGCAACAUCAGCUGUGGCUAUCUCGGGUGUAUCCUAUCAGAAUAUAAAAGGGACUUACACAGAAAAACCUGUGUAUUUCGCAUGCAGCGAUAGCUUGCCAUGCUCAGGCAUAACAUUAACAAACAUAGAGCUAAAAGGGCAACAAUCUGAACCAUUCUGUUGGGAGACAUAUGGAGAGCUUAAAACCACAAGCACCCCUCCAAUUGAUUGUUUGAAGACGGGGAAACCACCAGGCAGACAACCAAGUCUAGUCCAAUGCUAAAUCUGUUGAAUAAUGUGUCUUAUAAAUGUUUAUAUAAUUAGAGAACUAUAAAAAAAAACAUCAAAUAGCUUACAAGCAGAAAAAUUAUACUACCUUCUCAGUCAGUAGGAAUUUUCUCUAUGAAAGUUCUGAAUGGAGGAUAUGUUCUAAACUUAAAACUUAAUUUAGCAGAUAUAAGUAUGGCAUUACAGGUCUGAUGAAGCCAAUUUAUAGUAUGUGCGUGUACACAAAUUCCAUCGUAGGUGACACCAGUCUAAAGGAAAUUUUUGUUGUCUUCUCCUCCUACCUGGAGAUAGAGAAGUUCCUUCUUGUUGUGUGAGUUAUUUAUUUAAGUUGAGAGUACUUAUGUACUAUAUAUCAUGUUAAAAACAUAAAUGGAAUUAAGUGGCAUAACCUAUAGUCAUAUGAUUUCUCCCAUUAACCACCU